CUUGCUCUUCUCGACUCCGACUGCAUCCCAGUUUCCAAUGGCCGCGACAUAUUGGGAGGAGAUGAAGCUGACAAUCAAUCGGACGCCUUUUCAGCGGUCCUUCGAGAGCACAUAGACUUCAAAGCCUCUUUGCUGCCUGGGGAUGUUGAGAAGAAUUGCUUCGCCCAAAGCUGCAGAGCUGAGGUGGAUGCUAUCUACAUCUUCUUUCCCGGAGCAUUGUCAGAGAAAGUCCGUAUUUGCUUCGCCGCCUGGCUAGCAUUUGCAUGCGCUAUGGAUGACAUCGUCGAGACACUGCCCUCUGACUUGGGUCAAGCGGCCAUACGCGACUGUAUUGAAAUAGUCCAAGGCCGCCCUGCGGACGUUUCUAAUGAUACCCAAGGGCAUGUAGGCGAUGCAAGGACCCAGCAUCUGACGAGAACGUUGCAUCAACAUAUCACACGUCAUCUUCGCCAAGAGACAUGCGAGGUGUUCUUCCGCGAGGUCUGCGGUGUGAUGUGUGCGCAUAUUGAUGAGUUCUUGUUCUUGGACGGCAAAAUUCCCCAAGACUUGGAUACAUACAUGUCGAUCCGCAGCCGUACCAUCUCUCUCAGCCCAUUCUUCGAGGUUAUUAAACGGGAGUAUUUCCCUACAAGCUGGCGGUCAACCACAACCUGGGACCGGCUACAAGAAGCUGUGUGUUCUGCAGCUGGACUACAAAAUGAUCUGGUGGGCUUGGAAAGAGAUAUAAAGAAUGGCGAGCAGAUGAAUGCCGUCAUUGUUCUGAUGCGUAGUCAAGCUGAGACUGGCUCAACCGAUGAGACUCGCUCGCUAUUAGCUCGGUGCGUAGGUACCGCAGUUGACGAGCAUAAUAGGAUGAUGGAAACAGUAUUCGAACAAGCAGCACGAAUACUUGAAAUGGACGGAAGAGAUCAAGCGACGAGCCAGGUUGUGCAGCACAUAGCUACAAUGGCCAGGAGCCACCUGACAUGGUGUGCUUCAGCGAAGAGGUACAUGGUCACAUUGGAUCAUGAUGAGUAA